UUUUGGAUUAUUUUCACUAAACAAUUCAGUUGAUUAUUUGUUUCAGCCAACGAUAGUCGAUAUAACAUUUAAAAUGUUAAGGAAUUGUUUGGUCCUUACAUUCUGUGUUACAGCAGCGUUUCUGAUUGCCGAGGUGCAGUCGGAGAAGUGUUGGAAAAUCAGACCGGAGACGUACUUGAUGAUAGAUAAGCUUUCUUACAGCUAUGUGACUUACGACCCAUUUACUAAAAUCAUGCGUUCACAAUUAAGGACCAAGACGAUAACUAAAAUUGGUCAGAGAACACGCAGAAUACUAGUCCCUUGCAACGGUACCCAGCAGCCCGACGAAAGCCUGUUGGAGUCUAAACGAAGACGUCACCAAAGGUUUAGGUGCAGGCCGAAAUGUAUCAAUGGAGAUUGUGAUGUAGAUGGCAACUGUUUGUGCUACAAUGGCUAUGCAGAACAAAACGGCACUUGCGUGCCCGUAUGCGACCAUUGCUCAAACAUUACUUGUAGCACUCCAAACAAUUGUCAAUGUGCCUUAGGAUAUAAAAUGGUGAACGGGUCAUGUAUACCCGAAAGUAAUGCAACUGGUUGUUCCAAUGGCUACAUAGUGGUCAACAAUAAUUGUGAACCUAUCUGCUCCAGUGGUUGUCCAAAUGGGUAUUGUGUAGGUCCGGAGAGGUGUUUCUGUCUGGACGGCUUUCGUGAUGCUAAAGAUGAAAAUGGAACGGAUAUAUGCACACCUAUAUGUCAACGUCCAUGUGAUGGAUAUUGUAUCAGUCCAGAUACCUGUCUUAAUGAUUGCCCUGAAGGAUACAAGGCUGAUUACUCGGACGUGAAUAAUAAAAAGUGUUUGCCUGUAUCUGAGGAUUGGAAGGGAACCUGUCCGAACAAAUGCAAAGUAGAGGAGCCUCAUGACGUCAGUGAGACAAGUACAGAGUCUACUACAGGUCCAUACUCUACCGCCUCUGAGCUCCCAAUACUUGAGAGAAACAAUACAGUUGAACCCUUUGUUGAUAAUUACAAUAAAUCUGAAACUAUACACGAAGAAAUCUUAAGAAAAUCGAAAAAUCAACAAGAUGGAGUAUCUAUUUUAAUUUCAAUAAUAAUAGGUAGAAAUAAUUGCGGAAAAUACAACAUUUCAGUUUCUGAUGGACAAGACGAGAAUUAACUUUCAAAGGAAUUUCAGAUGCUUUCCUCUAGAUUUCAUACCAUUGAGUGUUAAAGUCAUUCUGAGCUUACUUCGUGUGCUGACGUCAGUUAUCCUGCCAUGCCGUGGUUUAUUGGCUAACAGUUUUGCUAACAAAAAGCAGACUAUCAAUUAGCUUUUUAUGAGAUUGUUACAGUGA